UGACCAGGUCUUCCUUGAUGGCAGGCACUGAACAGAGUAUUUGCCAAGCCCGGGCUUCAGUUAUGGUCUAUGACGAUACCAGUAAGAAAUGGGUGCCAAUCAAACCCGGACAGCAGGGAUUCAGCAGAAUCAACAUAUACCACAACACGGCCACUAACACCUUCAGGGUAGUUGGAGUUAAACUGCAAGAUCAACAAGUAGUGAUUAAUUACUCAAUUGUGAAAGGACUGAAGUACAAUCAAGCAACACCUACCUUUCAUCAAUGGCGCGAUGCACGGCAGGUCUAUGGCUUGAAUUUUGCAAGCAAAGAAGAGGCUACCACGUUCUCCAAUGCAAUGCUGUUUGCUCUGAAUAUCAUGAACUCACAAGAUGGAGGUCCAGCUGCCCAGCGCCAGGUCCAGAAUGGGCCAUCUCCAGAUGAGAUGGAGGCACAGAGAAGACAAGUGAUGGAGCAACAGCAACAGCGCCAGGAAUCUCUGGAAAGAAGAACCUCUACUACAGGCCCAGCACUUCCACCUGGUCAUCCCAGUGGCGCUGCUGUGAUCCCUGCUUCGUCCGGGGGGCCCCCACCUCCACCACCACCCCCAGUCCCUCCACCACCCAUGGGAGCUGCGCCUCCCCCGCCGCCCCCACUGCCGGCAGGCGCCGGCCAAGGGGCUGGCACUGAAGAUGGGUCAGUGUCAGGGCUCGCAGCGGCUCUGGCUGGUGCCAAACUAAGGAGAGUUCAACGGCCAGAAGAUGGUUCAGGAGGGUCCAGCCCCAGUGGGGUCUCUAAGAGCGAUGCCAAUCGAACGAGUAGCGGAGGAGGCGGAGGAGGACUAAUGGAAGAAAUGAAUAAAUUACUGGCAAAAAGGAGGAAAGCAGCGUCGCAGUCAGACAAGCCAGCUGAUAAAAAGGAAGAGGAAAGCCAAAACGAUGAUGCUAGCACCUCUCCUUCGCCCAGUACACGAGGUCCCACCCAGCAGCAGCAAAAUUCAUCAGACUCUGGGAAGAAGCCAUGGGAAAGGAGCAAUUCUGUUGAAAAGCCUGUAUCUUCAUUACUUUCUAGAAAUCCAUCAGUGGUGAAGAGCUGUGAAGCUAAGAGCCCCACACAAUCCCACGUGUCUUCUAGGAUGAAGCCAGUGAGCAGCAGCAAUGAUGUGGCUAUGGAUGCCUUAGAUUUUGAUCGAAUGAAACAGGAAAUAUUGGAGGAAGUUGUAAGAGAGUUACACAAAGUGAAAGAGGAGAUAAUUGAUGCCAUACGGCAGGAGUUGAGUAGAAUCAGUACAACAUAAUGAUUGCAAAGCAUUUGGACGGUACUAAGAAUGCUAGGAAGAUCGGAUCAUUUCUAAGUGUACCAAGGUCAUGCAAGAUGGUGAGAGAGGACACCGGCACUGUCUUUGUUCUUAUACCCUUUUUAUUAGCAGACUCAGCACACUUUGAAGCUUGCUGCUGCCUUGGAUUCGCUUCAUUUUAAAAGUCUUAAUCUAAAGAAUAUUAAAUUUUAAAUUUCUGGAUUUUUUAGAUUUCAUCUGACACUGCACAUUGGAUUUGUCAGCCUUUUUUGUAUUUUGUAUUUGCUUAUUUAAAUGUAUUACCUUUCUUUUUAGUAGUAGAUAAGAACACACGUGAACCAUUUGCUUUUGAUAGAUGACUUCAAAGUAAUUUUACUAGUAGUCUGCAAUGUAAAUGAAGAUCCUUUGCCAACAGAAAUGUAUUGUGGCAUCACCAGAAGAAACAGAGACAUGUUAGUUGUCAGCCAACCAGUUCUUUGUCUCAGAGUUAUCACAAUAUAAAAAAAAAUGGUACGUCAGUGCAUCACAGUAUCUGUGUUCAUAUUGGUAAUAAACUGUUUAUUGUCCACAUGG